AUGGUUAUCCUCAAGAGCUUUCUCUCGGGAGAUGAGCAGGAAGAAUUGGCGGCUCACGUAGGUCGCCUAGGCGCGCUGCAGCACGGUGGUUUCUACUCCUGCCACAACGAGAAGACGAAGCGCAUGCGGAUGAUGAAUCUGGGGCUGAAGACAGACGGGAACAAGCACGUGUUGCCCAUCCCGCCGGCGUGGACCGAGGUCGCCCUGAGGGGACAACCGGCAACGUUCCAGUACAGAAUAUCCUGGAAGAAAUCCGCUCAAGUCAAGUCCGUGCGCCUGGAGAGCGGAGACGCGCUCAUCUUCGGUGGCAGGUCGAGGGGGAUAAUCCAUGGGGUACCCCGGAUCGACACCGCCGUCGCCCCCCCCCCCGCGGUGGUUAUACCACCCGCCGCGACUCGUAGCUCCGCGGCGGAAGGGGCCGAGGGUAGAGGCGCGGGACCGUGUGUUGUGCCCGGUGGCGGCCGUUUCAACUUGAACUUCCGGGAGUUGUAG